CGCCUAGCGUCCUUGCGAAGGUUUCGUAUUUCGCUGUACGAAGAAAGUUCCGCGUCGUCGCGGUUCCGGUUCUCACAACGGAAAAAGAGCGAAGCACGUCUCCUCGCAGGACGAUAUACGGACAGGUCGAUCGGCCGUCAGCUGCUGCUCUGCUGCUUAUUUUAUGAUCUCGUAACUGAUCGUACGUACACUACGUACUACGCGAACGUGAGCGAGGAGAAACAAUAGCGGCGUCCGUCGACGCAUCUGCCGAGGGAGUAAGAGAAUGAGUCAAGCGAAUCAGGAUCAGGACAAAAGCAUGGACAAGAAAGAGAUCGCCGAUGAGGAGAGGGAGAAGAUGCUGAACGCCGAGAAUACGAAGCACACCGGGGCUGCACCUGCAUCCGACCUCGAGUCCGAGGAGCAGAAACCGAAGAAGAAGAUUCCAAUCGGCGGCAUCAAGAUGCCCGGAUUCUGCCGUACCAAGAGCAAGGAACCGUGCAAGGAUGAGGAGACGAAAUCAGCAGAGUCCACGGAUGCGGAAUCAGCCCCUGUGGUGACAAAGGAAAGCGAGCAGAAUACCGUGGAAAAACCUACAACACCUGGCAAAGAUUCUAAAGAGAAGGAAGGACGAAAGGGAAUUUUGAAUGCCAUUCGGAUACCUUUAGUAUCGUCCGUUUUCCCGAGAAAGAAGAAGGAAACUGACGCUGAGUUAGGACCGACUGGCACCGCAGGAUUAGCGAGCGUCGAGACACUCGAUGACGGUACAGAUAAAAACCCUAUCGCCAACGAAGACGGUAUGGAAACCGUUCGUCUCGAUGGAGAUGACGGUGCUGAUGGUGUCGAAUCGCCGAAGCAUCCUCUAAUCUUCUGGAUAUCGUUGCUUAGAAGACACAUGAUUCUCUCAGCGGUGGUCCUCCUGUUUCUGCUCAGCGUCAUCAUCAUUAUUUGCAUCGCCUGCGCCGGACCCAGAAGAAUCCUUACUCAGCCGUUGAAGGACGGCAAAUACAUCGAAGCGGUGACGUCAUGCGGAUUGGUACAGGGCGUCCUGGAGGAUGGUGCCUACGCAUUCCGUGGAAUCCCUUACGCGGUACCACCGAUUGGCAACCGUCGCUGGCAAAUAGCAGAGAGCUUGAGUCGUAUCGAGCAUUGCUGGAACGGCAUUUACCUAGCGCACAACUCCUCCGAGGCUUGCUGGCAGCGCGAGCCGACAAAUAUCAAGACAUACGGCACGGAGGAUUGCCUCUAUCUCGACGUGUUCACUCCAGCGGUUCGUUAUGACUCUCCGUUGCCCGUGGUUGUUAUGAUCGGUGCCGAGACGCUGAGCGGUGGCUCGCCCGGAGUGAUGCAACCUUCAGCCAAGCUGGCGCGCGUUCGCGACAUCGUGUUCGUGCGACCAAACUUCCGCUUGGGAAUUUUCGGAUUCUUGGCGGCCGAGACUCUUACUAAAACCGCUCAUCCUCCGAGCUCGGGCAACUACGGAUUGUCAGACAUUAUAACGGCCCUUCACUGGGUGCAGUUGAAUAUCGAAAACUUUGGCGGCAACAAAUCUUCCGUCACUCUGUGGGGACAUCGAGCGGGCGGCACUCUUGUAACGACACUGAUCGGCAACCGUCGUGCCAAAAAUCUCUUCUCGAAGAUGUGGAUAUCUAGCGGUAGCGCAAUCUUUCCGGGCAAAGAAUUGAGUAGCUCCGAGACUCUGAACCAAGACUUCUUCAAUAUGUUUCCAUGUCCCAGUGCCGCUUGUCUAAAAGACAAGAGUGCCACGGAUAUCAUGGACGCCGUACCAGAGUCGUGGUACAUGAGUAACGUAAAUUUGCCUGUAAGCAAGGAAACUGAACAGGAGCGGAAACAUGAGUGGCUCGUUUUGGACGGUAAUAUUCUCCAGCAACACGUCGGUCAGAUCCUGGCGCGGGAAAAACAUUUGAUAAAAGUAGUGAUGGGUACUACCGCACACUCUGGUACACCAUGGCAAUACUUGUCGCCGAACAUUACUUUGAAUGCAACACAAGUUGAGCAAAACUUACGAGAGUCUGUGAUCGGAAUUCAAGGCUUGAUGGAUGAAGCUUUCAAGCGCUACAAUGCCACGUUGAAAGGACUAGUUACAAUGAUUUCCGACAUUCGUGUAGUCUGCCCGUUGCUGACAGUCGCCAGAAUGAGGACCGAUAUACCGUUCUACGUAGCUACUCAACCCCGUCGAUCCCACUUGGCCGAUCCCGAUAGCGAUGCCGCAGCCAUUCUAGGAACUUAUGCCGCUGUCACACCUGAAGAGAAGAGACAUGUAUCGGCUAUGCAACAAUUAUUUAAUCAUUACGUGUGGCAUGGUGAGGUCGCGCAAGUUGAUCCAUCGGGCGCAAAGCGAGUCCUAGUUGUUGGUCAAGACACCCUACUCCAACAAGACUAUCCUAAUUGCGACUACUGGAUAAAGCAGGACAUCGUACCUAAGCACGGUCGUGUCGAUUGAAAAGGCUCUCAUCAUUGUGUAGUCUGCGUGUUAAGAUCCGAAAGCUUGUUUCUCGAAUAUAACGCGUGCGUUGAAUUUUCCGGGAACAAGAUUUUCUCACGGCACAGAUACAUACUUUGAAUACUUAAAUAGAUCAAUAUGAUAAGUGUUCUACGAGAUUAUACGGAUUAAUGAUUAAACUUAAUGACCACGCCUUUGUGGUGCGACGUAUAAUAGUAGUACCUGUCCGAAACACAUGACAAUUAAUUAAUGUAAAAGCUAAAAUAUAAAAUAACAAUUAAAAAGAAAAAGAAAAAUUUAUAUGUAGAUAUUUAUGUACACCGAUGUAUGAGUUUGCUCUCAAUGCUAAAGAAUUAACGAUAAUAUUUUACAAAACUGUUUAGCAAUGAGAAAUGAAUGUUGUUCUCUUUAUAUCCGAGAUACGUGUGUUCGACCACAAGGCACGUGGACUAUUAUGUAUGUGUAUAAAUGUGAAUCAAAUUGUAAUAUAUUGAAUGUAAAAGCAGAAGAGAGUAUGACGAAGACAUGCAGGGAAAGCGUGUAGCUUAAGGUUCCUGGGUUCUAAGAAAACACGCUAAAAAUUCUUAGACGCCAUUUCGAAAUAAAGAUAUUUCGAUGAAACAGCACUUCAGAUGACUUUAGCAUACUUUUAAAAUACGUCUGACGUUACAAUUUCACCAUGGUGAGGAGCCAGGAGCCUUAAUGAGGAGUAAAAGAUAUCUUAUAUGAUGCACAAGAUCACACAGCAAAUAAAUGCGAAAAGAUAGAAUAAAGUAAACAGCUAUGCCUUCAGCCUUACAAAAUGUUUGGCUUAAUCGUAUUUUGAAGGAAACUUUUUAAAAUUCAAACAAAAGAUUGACACAUUUUGAUACGGUUAAGAAUUUAAUGGAAAACUUUGCGCGUAAUAAUAUGCAAAGUAUUCUUAUUCUUUGUAUACCUCUUCGUACUCAACUCAGAUAAUGUAAGAUAACGUGAAAAAUCUCGAAGUAUAAACCAUUGUAGGUGUAGAUUAUCGGCGUAAUAUCACGGCAGGAAUGACUUUGUAUUUUUAUGCAUGGACCAUAUGCUCUUUUGCGCAUAAUAUAAAAAAUAUUUUUAGAUCAAAAGUGUCUUUAAAGAAACAUAGUACGGGACACAUAUGCAUUUAUCGCGUUUGUGGAAGCAAGCUUUUCUUUAAUUUCCUUUUCACUAAACAGUUUUUUAUAUAAAAAUUUAUUUUUAUUAUGGAUAUUUUUUUACACAUGUAAAAUACUUAUGUUAAAGAAAAACAACUUUUGCACAACAGGGAACUUGCAGAGACUGAAGAAAUAUAAAAUAAUGAAUGAAUAUUCAGCUAUCCAAUUAAGAACUUCUCAAAGAGAUUUUCUAUCUUAUUCAGACUGAAACUGCCAAAUUUGAUAUUUUUUAUAUCGCACAGUGUGUGAAUAAUAAAGAUUUUACUAUAUAAAGAAUCUCUUCCAUAAACGCGAUUCGCGUCCUAGAAACAAGUAAUCUUGAUAAUCUUUUUUGAUUAAGAGAUCACUCACAUACGAUUACAUAUUAUGACUAUAUUAUUCGAUGUGUUAUUAAGUCAUUUAAUUUAUUUUCACACUAAUAUGUGAUAAAGUAGCAUUUACUCAAGAAACCCUAGUAUAAGUUGUUUUAUUUUAUUAUAUAGAUAGAUUAGAUCAUAUAUAUUAUUUUUUUUUAUUACUUUCAUAUUACACACAUGCAAACAACGGCAUCGACGAUAAACGCCUGUAGUGACAUAUAUAUAUUGACUGAAUCAGUAA